AUGCGCUUCCAUCAUCUUCAAACUCUCAUCGCUGCCUCCCUGGCUGUUUCAGCCUAUGGAUCGAUCAUCCCCGAUGAGGCCCCUGCCAAAGGAUACGAGGUCUUCAUCCCAGAGUGGGAGCUUGAGCUCACCCCUGGUGGCGAGAAGGCCUUUCUGAAUGGAACAGUUCAGGAGGUAUUCGACGAAAUUCACCAUAUGAACCCUCUGUAUUCCAAGGCUUUCGGCCUCGAUUUGUAUCCUACUACGCCCCCUAGUGCCAAAGAGAAGCGAGCCGACUUCAGCGAUGCCAGAGUCAUCUGCCAAAACUUCCCGGCCGGUUCGGUCAGUGCUGGAUAUGAUGUAAUCAGGUACCUCCGAGCAUUUCCUGGGAAGCCUAUAAAUGAUGCCGGUCCGGGGACUUGCGGUCGCGUCAGCUGCUCCUGGGGAACAGCAAUCUGGUGGUGCAAUGAUGAUAACAAGCUCAAGACUCUGAAUUCCUUUGGCAGCAUUGCUGAUGGUGCUGACAAGGUCUGGGGAAUGUGCACGGAUCGCAAUAGCCACUACGACAAGGCCUCUGGACAAGCAUUCCACGAUACCAAUUGCAACGUAAUCAUCCGCAAUGCCGAUUGCUAA